GUAUACUAAACCUUUUCAUAAAAUAGAGUGUAGCUAGGUUGUGCGUGUAAAUUUUACGUACACAUAAAUAUGACGUUGGCGUAUAUAUCUGCUCUGCUGCUUAUGUUAUGACUCUCUGUGGUGGAGUAGUAUUGGUACAUCAGUCGCUAUAUUUUUACAAGUCAAGUCGUCUCGAUUGGCCAGUCAGAUACACUAGUGCAUCCGAAAGAUGACUGGUAGACGCACGCAGAGUUUGAUUUAUCAUCCAAGCGUCAUUCCAGCCUCGGUUAUCUUCGUAACUACUUGGAUGAUCUUAGUCUUGGUCAUUGAAUACCAAUACCUUGAUGAUACGGAACAACUAGGUACCCUCGUCAUGAUUGAGGAAGAUGAGAAGUUGAUCAGGAAACGGAAACCAUUUCCUUGUCACCUUUCAGGAACAUGCGAGCUGCAGGAUUAUAUACGAGAUGGACGUCAUUCACGACCAGGUCAGAUAGGUGCUUCUAGAACAUCCUGGAAGAUACCAUUACUCUGGAAAAACAACGGGCCAGUUUCCUACACACAAGGGUGUUAUCGACAGGUGCAUAUAUGGUCAGAAGGUCGUAGGAAUGAGCAAAACUACUCCUGUCCAGGUAUUCCUUGUGGUAUUCGAUUGGUUCAUGGUACUAGUUUAAAAACCAUGCAGGAAAGUGAUGCUGUUCUUUUACAUCAUCAGACAGAAUGGGACUGGGAUAUCAUGUAUUCACAUAGACCUCACAAUCAGAAGUGGAUCUUUUAUUCACUUGAAAGUCCUUUAAACACUGGUUCUUGGGUUAUUCCUCCGUUGGAUAGAUAUUCUAAUACAUAUGAUUAUAUCAUGACUUACCGGAAGGAUUUUUCACAGCUCUACGGGACCUACGGAUUAUAUGAUACAAGUGCUCCGAGUGCUGGCGUAAUAGAAGGAAAAAACUGGGCGUUUGGCAAGACAGAUAAAGUUGUUUGGCUAGCCUCUAAUUGUUUUGAUGAACAUUGGAAGCGAUACGAUUUCGUAUCGUUGCUUUCACAUCACAUCCUAGUAAAAAUCUACGGUAAAUGUGGAGAUACUUCUGCAUGCACCAAAAUAGCCAAUUCUGAUCUUUGCUCUGAAACUCUGCGAAAGUACAAGUUCUAUCUGGCCCUUGAAAACUCACCUUGUAGAUAUUAUAUCUCAGAAAAACUAUGGAAUAACGCUUAUCUAAACGACUUGAUACCGAUUGUAUUUGGUCCACCGCGCAAAGAUUAUGAAGCUGUUGCUCCUCCUAAUUCGUUCAUACAUGUCGAGGAUUUCACAUCCAUCAAAGAUCUCGCGCUUUACCUUCACAAACUUGAUCAGAAUGAUCAUCUUUAUAACCAAUAUUUUGAGUGGAAAACAGAAGGCUUUGUGGUUGCUACCAAAGAAUCGUGGCUAUUACAACCAAGGCAGAUGUGCCAAAUAGUGGAUCGUCUAUUGGUUGAUGAGGAGGCAAAAGAAAAUGAGACAUACCAUUCAAUGAUGUCACUAGAUUGGAAAACAUGGUGGAAAGGUUCUUGUAGGGAUGUUGAUCUUCCGAUUGACGCAGGAUGAAGUGAUUCAGAAACAGUUACCAGUCAACAUGGUCAAGUAGUUAUUGGUAUGACCAACUCAAGGAAGGACGAAGAAGAAUAUAAACGAAUGCAGAUCGAUGAACGUGAGUCCUCCUUUUGAUAGACUUGAUGAAUAUUAAAAUUGGGAUGAGAAUGCCUUGGAAGCCGAAGGAAGAUCGAUGGGUGGAAGACGUAGCACGAAGAGACUGCAUGCACGCACAUAACCGUGAACAGUAGGAAAGCUGGAAAGUUUAUUGAAACUCAAAGCCCUCUUCGGGUAUCAGAGUACAAUGAAAAGUUAC